CUGCAUUCGUGUCCUGUUUUUUUUUUCUUCUUUUUUUUUUUGUUUGCUGUUUACGCGCUAUUUUUCAUCCCCAAAUCACAUUUCCUUUCACACCAUCUCUUCAAGCCCCUCUUACCUUUACAACCUCAUCUGACUUUUUUUUUAUUACUGCCGGCGCAACAGCCCAUCACGAUCCCACUUCGAUCAGCGAUCAACCUCGAAAACAUAUUUCACAAGUCAAAAUCAUCAAAAUGCCUACCAAGAAGUGGGAAGAUGAGGAGUCCUCCUCCGGCAGCUCCGAAGAGUCCUCUCCCGCGGUUGCCGUCUCGGCUCCGCGCCGCAAGUUCGAUGACGAGGAGGCCAACGACAGCGAUGUUCUCGACUCGUGGGACGCUGCCGAAGACUCGGAGGUAGAGCGUGAAAAGGCAAAGAAGGCCGCGGAGGCCAAGGCCAAAGCAGAGGCUGAGGCGGCCGCCAAGAAGAAGUCCAAGGCCGCUCGCAUCAACGAGCACAAGCAGCGGCGCAAGGAGGCCGCCGACUCGGACGAGAGCGACGAUGAGACCGAGGCGCAGCGCCGCGAGCGCCUCCGCCGCACCGAGAAGGAGGCCGACCUCGCCCACGCCGAGGACCUGUUUGGCGACAUUGGCGUGCCGUCGGGCCGCAAGGUAAAGGCCGCCAGCACGAGCGUCAGCAUCGACCCCUCGGACCCGUCCAAGACGGUCGAGCUGUCGGACCUGCCCAUCUUCAACCCCAAAACCAAGACGCAGUUUGAGGACAUGCGCCAAGCCCUGAUCCCGCUCAUCACGGCCAGCUCGGGCAGGAAGCCGCACUACAACAACUUCAUGGAGGAGUUCGUCAGGCAGCUGUGCACCGACAUGCCCUCGGAGAACAUCAAGAAGAUCUCGAGCAAGCUCACGGCUCUCAGCAACGAAAAGAUGAAGCAGGAAAAGGCCGCCGCCGGCACCAAGAAGACCAAGGCUGCCAAGACAAAGACAUCGCUGGUGGCUAACAGAGCCGGCGUGACUGACACCAACUCGUAUGAGGACACCUUUGGAGACGACGACUUCAUGUGAAAGGCCCCUCACUGCCUUUCAAUAUACAAUAUUCCCCCCUUCGCUUCGUUGCUGCCAAUAAAAACCCUGCGAAAAGACUGUGUCUCGGGGAAGCCAAACACAGCUCGGUACUCGGAGCCGGUCUGCAACACCAAAAGCAGACUUAUCAUCAGUCACGGGAUCUGUCUUACCCAUGCGCCCACUGGCGCGGGAUCAAGACAUCCAGAGGGCAACUUGAAGGGAGGAAAAAAAGCGGUCCUCACUCAGGGGGACUAUAUUUUUUUUUCUGGCCAUCAACGCGCGAUGCGAGGUGGCGUCGACGACUCGACUCGUUUCCGGGGAAGGGAAAAAUGAAAGAGUCUUUGUUAAUGUGGAUAUGGGGGCGGUGUGGAGAUAAUCGCAAGGGUCGAUUUGGAUUGUCUUCAAAGGGCGAAUGGUGUUUGUGCUAGAAAACGACUUGCAAGCCUCGAUGAAAUGUGGAUGGGUUGAACCAUGGUUGCGAGUGCGCCAAGGGAAAACAAAACGAGAAGAAGGGCUUCUGCAUGCGAAGAAGCUUUCAUCAUCGUGCUUUUACAUGUCGAGAUUGGCCAGGGGAGUUCAAGAUUGCAUUUUUUUCUUCUGGGAUUUUGUUUGUCAGGCAUUUAGCGGAGAUUGGGCGAGUGUUACCCGUUGUCGAGAUUAAUAGAGGAGAACUGGUUAAAAUAUUCCGAGGUUAUGAAUGGACAGCCUGGAUUGGUGAAAUAUUUGCGUAUUUUCGUGGCCAGUACUUGGAGAAUAAGUCGACGCUCAGGAAACAUUUGAAUAUUUUCGUUGUACACCAGACCAAAAAGCCGCAAAUUGGGAAUGAAAUAAUUCUACAAGCGCUGAUCAUUUCCUUUUAAUAACCCAUCCUACAGAAAUAUGUGACAAUCCAGGUAUAUAUAUAUGUGUGUUGUUAUACAUGAACAAAAGAAGCUUCCACAAGGAAGACAAUGUCACUGAGAAGAGGGUUGUGUUGGUUCUGUUUUACCCUCACACAGCGCAGAACCCGGUCUGGACCCGUUCUCCCUUUUUUUUUUUUUUCUUUUAUAUUAAAUCGCCCGCGACGCCAGCGAGGAGCGCAUGGACAACCAUGCUUAGCGUCCAGAAC